AUGCAACCGGGAAGCAUCGACGGCGCGAUAAGCCGGGCCGGUUCCUUCCACGGCCCACGUGGUGGGUCAUCGGCUGCCCCACUGCGCACUGGGUUCGGUGAACGCUCGGCACGCACACCGCUGCGCGGCGCACGCACACAGCCACAGUCGCGCCUGUGUGCGACACGCCGACGCGACGCGCAAGAGGCAGAAACCGAGCGUUAUAAAGUUAUAACAACAGUCCUAAGUUGGGGCGGGCGGGCUGCGUGUAAUUUAUCACCCUUAACGCGACGAAUCCAUCACGGGGAGAGUGCGGCCCAAAUAUCUAGGGGUCAUCAAACGACCGCCCGAAGGCCGUCUCGCACGAGGGGCAUAGACACCGCACGACCUCCACCCAGAGGGGGGAGGGGCUCCUGUCCCGAAUAUGCGGACAAACACCCCUCCACAAAAUGCGGAACAUACUACUGCAAUCUGACGCUCUGUCGUGUCACCGCUGAAAGUCUACUAUGGCAAUUACUGUAUGUGGAAAACGAAAGC